AUGCACGUUCUCAGUACUUUGAUUCUGUCCUCCGUCGGACUUACUUUGGCAUAUGAACUCCCCGCCAAUUUGAAAGCAAUCUACGACUCCCACAAGACUGGUAAAUGCGAAAACGUACUUGCUAAAGGAUUUGACGAUGGACAAUCCGAAGAUGACAAGAAUAUGGGCUAUUGCGGCGACAUAGAUGGGGCUAUCUACUUGUACAGCACCUCCGGAGCGUACGGCGACAUGGACAUCGAUUGUGACGGCGCUAAUCGAUUGGAGGGAGACUGCUACAAUGAUGGGAGUGGUCAAAGUCAAACGGCGUUCAUGGAUGAACUGACCGAGAUCGAAGACUUGGAUGCCGGCAUUCACCCCUAUGUGGUCUUUGGAACCCAUGAAUAUGAUCCCAGGGAUGACGGUAUGAAGGCUCUGAGUGUGAUGGCGAUUGUGUGUGGUGGCAAACUGCACUAUGGUGUCUGGGGUGAUACCAACGGCCACACUGCUACCGGAGAAGCUUCCCUCUCUCUGGGUCAACUCUGCUUCCCUGGCGAGGGAAUUACCGGUGACAGUGGACAUACCGAGAAGGAUGUCUUGUACAUUGGCUUCAAGGGAAAGGGCGCAGUCCCGGGAAAUAAGGCAGACUGGAAAGCAAAGAAUAGCAAAGACUUUGAAAAGAGCAUCAAGUCGAUUGGUGAUAAAUUGGUCGCGGGUCUUGGUUCGGCUGGAUCCGAAGGCUGGGUCGACGAGUCUUCAUCUUCAUUCACCACAUCCGCGCGGACUACCACCAAGACGAAGACCCGCACUCUUUCCAGCACUCCUGCUGCGAGUACCACCGCGAAAGCGAGAGCGUGUCAUCUGGACUAA